UUGUUAUGCUCGAACCUGUCAAAGUGAAAAUUGAUAGUUUUGACAACAAUAAACAGGUUCAUCAACAUCUUUCGGUUCAAUAAUUCGAUGGAAAACAACACAUAUACAAUUUAGAUAUAAUUAAGCCAAGUGUCGUAUUGUUCGGAUAGGGUAAAAAGUGUGUAUUAAGGCUUUAUUUCUCCAAUUAACCGUUUUCGGCGGGCACCUGUUUUUUUUUUAAUAAUUGGCAUGCGGUGAUAACAGAAAGAUGAGUAGAAAUACAAAGGCAUUCCUGAAGUCCGGUGAUGGAGCUUACUAUCAGCUCGCCCCGAAAGUGACAACCAUUGGGAAGGAAAAUUGUGAUAUCCUCCUGCAGACAAACGGCGUUGACCAACAACAUGCGAUAAUCGAAUACAGUGAACAAGAGGAUUGUUAUGUUUUACAAGACCUCAAUAGUGGGCAGGGGACCUACGUUAACGAUGUACGCGUACAGAAUGCCGCUGUUCGUCUUGCCCCAGGUGACGUCAUCAGAUUCGGUUACUGUGGACAGCCUUAUGAACUUAACAUCGAUAACCCUCCACCGCCCCAAAUGGUGACAACAUAUCACACAAACAAUAUUGCAUACCCACCCGUUCAACAUCGACCUGCCUGGACCGGCAGCCUCGCCCUUCUAACAGACGACCGAAACAUGUGCAACACCCAGGCAAACCAAAACCCGGGGCUCCCAUAUCUCACCACACCCACCCUCACUGUCCCUGCAACUCAUUGGACGCCUGUUGCCCAAGCAGGCCCCCAGAUUCCACAGCCCCGCCCACCUCUUAGAUCACGACCCUUGAGCGCUGGGGCACAGCGAAGACCUGCUUCAGCUUAUGACAGGUUGCAGACAAUAGGAUGUACCAUGCAGUCAGCCACAACCAAUGUUGCCUCACCUUUGCCAAGAAUUGAAGCUACAAGUAGAUAUGCAGGAAUGACUACAAAGACCUGGAGUGUACAAGGCGGAGGCUGGAUGAAUGGAGGUACAGGACGCAGUGUGGUUACAAGCCAGUUCAAUCCUCCCCCUCCCAGCCCUCAACAGGCAGGCCAGUUUGAAAUGGGCUUACUCCAGGAAAAGGAGCACAAGAUUCGGGAGUUGUCUGAAGAGGUUUCAAGGUUACGUAAUGUCGAGAUGGAUGUCAGCAGGAAGGACCAGAUGUUACAACAGAUGCAGCAACAACUACAGAUGGCCGAAUGUCAAGCGCAGCAACAAGCAAUGGUCGUUGGCAGUGACCCUGAUGUCACUAACAAACUCCUACAAUUUGAGGCUGAGGUGUCCAAUAAAAAACAAGAGAUUCUGGAUCUUAGAGAACAGCUUUCGCAACUUCAAGCGCAGGCUGUUAUAGACCUUGAAAACCCUGCGAAUAUACGCGCAGAGCUCAGUGAAAAAAUAAAAGAGCUUAAUAACAUGCGAAAUGAGCUUGAAAGGGUUAAAAAGGAUAAAAAUAUAACAUCUGGUCUUGUGACCCAAAUGCAAAGAGACAUGGGGAGUAAAGACUCAUCAAUAUCCAAGCUCACUCGUGAAAUCGAGGCUUUAAAGAAAGAGCUACGUGAGAAAGAUUCCCAGCUUAAGGUGAUGACAUCCAGCGUCAAUAAGCUCAAGGAACCGAAAACAGAAGAACGGGACGCACGAGAGCGUGAACUUAUUAGUCUUAGACAGAAAUUCAAGGUCACAGAAAACAAAGUGUCAGACCAGCAGACACUCAUUGACAAUCUGAGAGUUGAGUUGGAGAAAACCAAGGCUUCCCUCUUCCAGGAGAAAGAUGUUCAGCGUAAACUUCAGUCAUCACUGGACGAGGCUAAGUCUCAAGCCCAGGACCUGGAAAGGGCUGAGAGGCUCGUCCGAGUGGAUUUAGAACAAGUUUCCAAGAAGAAUGAAAGGUUCAGAAAUCGAGUGGUGCAGACAACAUUUUCGACUCCGGGAAUCAAAGCUCCAGACACUGAAAUCAGCGACGAUGACCUUCUAGAAACACUAAAGAAGAUCAUCGAUGAAAGAACCAACUCGUUCAGGACUAUCAAAGAGCUAGAACAGAAGUUGAAAAUGGCUGAUACUAACAGUAAAGACUUCCAGAAAAAUGUGCAUGACCUACGCAAGGGAGUUCAAAAUGCAAAGGCUCAUCUUAAACAAAAUGGCCGCUUGUCCAGCUCUCUGAAGGAGGAGAUAGGUUUACUCCAGUCUGUAUCCGUUGAUGACCACUUGGCCUGGGUCAAGGAGGUCACUGUGGGGCUCCUGCAGGGAGAGUUGUCAUGGGAAACGGACAUUGAGAAUGCCCUUGAAAAAUGUGGGGUCAAUUUGAAGCUGACUAAUGAUGAACCCAGCAAGCAUAUCAACCUCCUUUUCGCCAAAUGGGAGUCUGCUAUAAGUGACAAAGAGCGUCUCGUGAAACAGAUGAGUGAAAUAGAAGUCCGACACAAGGAGGAGCUUGAAUUGCAAAUUUCACAGCAGAAAACUGAUCUUGAUGGUCAGGUUUCUGAUGCUGUGGAAAAAGCAAAACUUGAAGUUGAGGAGCGUAUGAACAGGGCAAUAGAUGAUAUUCGGGCGGUUGAACAGGAGAAACUAGACAGCGCCCUACAGGCUGAGAGGAGGAAGAUCGAAGAAUUGGAAACAACCAUAGAACAACUAAGAUAUAACCUGUCUGAGAAGAACGAAGAUCAGCAACAGAAGUUGGAGGCCGGGCAAGAGGCUCUCUCACUUGUGGAGGAGUACCAGACUAUUGAGGCCCAGCUCAAAGAACAGGUGUCCAAACUUGAAGUCGACCGAAAUGAACAGGUCACCGAGCUUACUACAGAACUUGUGGAGAAGGAGCACAAGUUUGAGUCCGAUCUUCAAGGCUACAAAGAGCAGAUCAAACAACACUCUGUAACAAUCUGUGCCAUGGAGGAGAGGAUCUCCAAGGUGAUGAAGAAGAACAAGGAGAGCCAGGAGGAGAUGGAGACGUACAGGAAACAGGUGCAAGAACUGAAAUUACAAUUGACCAAGAAGGAGCGAGAAAAGCCGCCACCGCCACCGAAACCCAAGGUCAUCCCAGUGGUGCAGAAACCGUCACAUGAUAUUGUGGCGAUGGAACAGCUCAUUGUAGUUCUGAGGAAAGAGAACGCUGAAGUGAAGACACGGAUGCAGGAACAAGAUGACGUCAUUCUGGGUCUGAGGCGAGACCUUGUCGGGGCAUCUGCAAGACUUUCUGACAUCACUGGGGAGCUAAGUGAGGGUCAAAAGCAAGAAGUCGAAAAACUGAAAGAGGUUGUCAGCCACAAAGAGAGAGAGGUUGUUGAAAUGAGGCAGCAGCUGGCUAAAUUGUCCAGAAUCAUCGACAAACAAAAGGAGGAGUUGAAGAGCAUAGAGUGUGAGCUCAGUAAGGAGAAAAGCAUCUCCAACAAAUACAAAAGCCAGGCGGAGCAAGAAUGCAAGAAGAUACAAAGUCUCAAGAAGAGCUUGGACAUUGAGAAGAAUGAACAGGCGAAACAACUGGAGUUAAUGGACCAGGAGGGACGGAUAACCUCAGAGUUAACUGCCCUUGGGGCGCAGUGUCGAGGGGAGAGGCACGAACAAGUGAUCGCCAGACAGCGAGAGGCGUUGGCAGAGUUGAGGUCUCGUGUAAAGACAUUGGAAGUAGCCAGACCUCCUGUGCCGACCCAAGACCAAGCAUUACAGCAAGUAAUCAUGCUCAAGAAAGAGCUUGCUGAGAUGAGAGUCAAUCAGGCUCUUUCAGAAGACAAGAAUAUUGUGAGUCUUACCAGUCUUGACCGCGAGGUUGGCCGUGCACGAGGGCUGGUGUCGACGACCAAUGCAGACGCGGAGAUGGAGAGAAGUGCUCACAGGGAAACAAUGGAGGCCCUGGAAGCUAGUGAAAAUUCUUACCUAACCUCGAUGAACGCAAUAUCCUCCUCUCUGGACCUCGAGGGAAUCGAGGGCCUGCGACCACUUGGUCACAUUCCGAAAGAUGAGCGUGAACGAUUGCUACGGGAACGCGAAAGGUCAUGUGACAAGCUUGUUAACCAGGUCAGGGUAUAUCGGGAGAGAAUAUCGCGCAAGGACGAACUACUACAGGGUUAUGAACGGGACUUGGCAAAACUGAGGCAAGCACAAGAGCUAGCAGAGAGGAAGUCAGUUCAACUUGAUACUCUGGCUAAUGAUGUACGCUGUAAGCAUGAAGAGUCCCAGUACCUCCGGGAGUCGCUACAUCAGACCCGAGACAAGUUGGACCAGGAAAAACGCCUCAACACCGCUAUUAAACAACGCAAGACUUUCCACCUUGAGAAUGAAAAGGUCCACCUGGCCCCAGCCUCGCACCGAUGUAAACCGGAGGACCCUCGUGCAGUGUUGAAGAAAAAACGGGAACGCGAUGUGCUCAAAAGGAAGAACUACGAAAUUAAAACGCUGAAAACAGAACUCACGGACAAGGAGAGGAAUCUAUUUGAUGCUCAGAAUAGGCUCUAUACUCUUUCACAUAGUCAGUAUUCAAAGGUCUAAGUGUUCAUAUGGAUGUAGAAGAGACUGAAAUAGUUGUUGAAGACUAGACUUCAAAGUGAUCAUCCCUCAGUGUAGAAAUAGUCAAAAAGCUCACAGAUCUGACACUUAAUGUUCUGGGGCCUAUUAUUCAUGGACAAGUUUAAUCAUAGCUUCAAAAGAGUCUUAAUUUGAAAUUAUUUAUGAAUUAAAUUUAUGAAAUAGUUAUCUGACCAAGCUGACAACAAAUGAUGAUUGAUUGAUAAACAUUUCCGAGGGGUGUUCAAAAGUUUCCUGCAUUUAUUUAUUCAAAAUUAAUCGAAAGACAUUAAAAUUUUCAUGAUAUGUAGAUCAAUAAGAAUAUAGCAUACUGAUGAAGGGGUGUUCAAAACUAUCUGGAAAAAUUGCUCUUAUAAUAUUCAAAAAUAAUCGAAAAACAUUGAAACUGUCGUGAUAUGUAGAUCAAUCAUAUUGAUGAAACAAAACUAAUGGUCAUAGGUGUUCUUAUAAGUGGAAUAAAAGUUUAUAUGGAAAUGUCACCACAAAACACGACCAAAUUGUCAUCUAUUAUGUCCGAUUGCCAAAGCAUCUUUUUUUUAAACACCCCUCGUUAAAUACCAUAAUAUCAUGUAUAUGUAGUAACCAAGUUUUGCAACUGGUCACAUGACUUUUAUCAUUCAUUGUAGGAUAAGCAUUGUAUGAGAUGUAAAUUGAAAACAGUGUCAAACAAAUUGAAGACGUGUCUGAAUCUUGUUGCAGAAUUUUGUUGCUAUGGACAUCAGUUUUUGAGGUUCUGACUAAGAUUUGUCAAUGAAACAUUUAGGCCCCAAUGUUGAACUAUAUGACAAUACUGUUUAUUUUAGAGGUAUAAUAAUUAUUUUAAACAUUAAAAGAUUUCCUCCUUUGCAACUGAACAAUCAGAUUAUUUAUUUUUAUUCAAAUUAUUUGGUCAUGUGAUUUUUAAGUUUUAUAUAUAUAUAAUUUCAUUUACUGAGAAAAAAAUAUUGUGUUAGCAUUGUUGAUAAAAUGACAAUGAGUAAACAAUGUAUAUUUUUAAAAUCAACAAAAUUAAACUAGCAUUGAUGUAUACAAACUUUUUUCAGGCAUGCUUUUAGAAGCUUUUUAUAAGCAAUUAUUUAUAAUACUCCAGAACUUUCUUAGAAAGUAGCUAUAGGAGGGUUUUAAGGUGCAGAUUUCAAAAUUAUUCAUGAGUUUUUAUUAAGCAUUAAAAUAAUAUAAAAUUGAUGCUGUUUUCAAGUAGGAAAAUUUUAGAAUGUGUAGCGCAUUUAUUUUCUAAUUUUGAAAAUAUUUUUUCAACUUUGGCAAGACCUAUUUGUCACGGGGAGUAGUUUUUUAUGAACAAAGUUACAUUUUUACUUUAAAUAUGUUUUUGUAUAUUUAUUUAUUUUCAACAUGACUGAAUUUUGUAUCUUUUAUAGUCAAAGACAUAUUUUCUAAUGCAAUUUCAUUAUUAUUUCGAAUCUGAUUGUAAAAAUGAAUUUAACACUCAAACACUGCCCAGCUAUUUGUAAGAUUUUGUAAGAUGUAAGUACAUUGUAUAUAAAAUGUUUAUUUUUGUAACUACUAUAUUUGUUUAUGGAUGACCGAUUUUAUUUAUUCUAAAUCUGCAGCAGUCAUUGGCCAAAAAUAAAGUUUUAAUAAUUAUGAUUACAUAUGUGAAAACUAAUUUAAUAACCGCAACUUACAUAAAACAUAUUAAGUUCCUGCUUUAUAAACAUUUACAAAGGUACGGAGGAUGUUAUUUUUUAUUUUUAUUUCUUAGAUAUUUAGGUAGAUUGUAUUUUAUUUUUCAACUGUGAUAUUUGAUUUUUAUGUGCUUUUAAAAUUUACAUAGAAGCGUAUCCAAUACUUACAUUCGUAAGGCAACAAUGUUUUUUGUAUAUAAACACACAUAUUUCUUUUUAGUUCCUUAAGAACUUUUGAAACUUCACUUGUUUAGAAAUAGGAUGAAUGAAUUAAAAUAUAGUCAGUGCUUCAAGAAAGACUGCAUAUUUUUGUAAAUGUGAGAAUUGUGAUAACUUGAUUUGUAUGUGUCCAUUUCACCUUGUUCAUUUUUUUACAAAAAAAAAACAACAUAGGGUAGAUUGUUAAUUAUAGUUUGUAUUUUUAUUUAAAUGUGUUUAUAUGUGAUGAAAUAGGAGUUAUUUUCACCUAUGGUUUUAAAAGUUAUUUAUUUCUAAAACAACAUCUGAAGCCAAUUGUAUAAACUGGUUAUCUUUUUUGCCUGGUUAAAAAAGUCAAAUUGUUUAUUGAUUGGUUAAUAUUUAUCUAAAAAUUACUGCUAACAAAUCAUGUAUUAAAAUGUGCAAACUAGACGAAAGGUAAACAUGUGGACAACAUCUCUUAGUUAUAUACAAUAAGCUGCAGGUAUAAAUCAAUAAAAAAGUAUUAGUUUUACAAUAUCUUCAGCAGCUUAUUGUUUAAAACUGGAUAAGUAAGUUAUCCACAAGUUAUAUUUUGGCUUGUUUCUAGUUUGAAGCAAUUUCAUUGGUCGACAGAAAUAAUUGGAUAACUAUUGACCAAUCAAUAAACAGUUUGGCUUACUAUAACCAAUCCAAAGAUUUAACCAGUUCAAUGCCAUUGGCUACUUAUUGAAUUAUACAUAUGCAGACCAUUUAUCAUGACUUUUACCUGGGAAUAAUAUUGGGAGGAAUAAUACUACAUAAAGUAUAGCUUCCAUUAUUAUUUUAACCCCCAGUUUUUAUAUUUGACCAUUCAUUUUAGACUUAACUAAUUUGUUUAUUAUUAUCAUCAGUUUUCAUCCAUUGUUAGUCAAUAGUUGGUACUAAUAUAUCUUGCUGGAACCUGCUUCUAUUACAGAAAUAAAUCUUGUAGA